UGGUGCUUAGGAGGAGUAGAAGCGCUGGAUACUGGCGGGCGGGUGGUUGUUGAAAAAGAAAAAGAACAGAAAAAAAAAAAAGCUGGCCAAAAAUUCAAAGCCAAUUUUAGUCAAGCAUCAUUGGAAGUGGGCCCAGGUGUCGGAUCCUCGGUCUUAGUCAUCUUCCGCGAAUAUUAGUUCGGCUCCACCUGCAAACCAAGCUCCAUUAUCUCAUCUACAAAUUUUCGACAAGCAAGAAAAAAAAAUCCCUGCUCGACUUUUCUCUUCUUCCCUUUCCUUCCGUUAUGGAAUCCUUGGGAGACGAGCCAUGGGACGUGGUGAUCUGCGGCACGGGAUUGCAACAGUCGCUACUGGCUCUAGCUCUCUCGCGGUCGAAUAAACGCAUACUUCAUGUUGACCCCAAUGACUACUACGGCGAACAUGAAGCUGCUUUUAGCCUCCAAGAGGCGGACUCUUGGGCGGCGAUACAUGCAGGGCGCUCUGCGGAAGAAGACUCGAGCGUAGAAGAGAAAGAUCCUAUCUUCAAGAAUGCGAGCGCAUGGAAACAUCCAGACGCAGCAGGCCUCGGCCUAUCCUUUCCUCGAGCAUACUCGCUAGCAUUAGCGCCUCAGAUCAUCCACACGCGCUCCAAGCUAUUAGAGCAGCUCGUGUCGUCGAGGGCGUACAGGCAAGUCGAGUUCCUCGCGGUCGGCUCGUUCUUCGUUUUCGACGAGAAGGCAGGCGGCGAAGAUAGCUCGAAGCUAGCUCGGAUACCCAGCAGUCGGGAAGACGUGUUCGCCACGCAAGCCAUCCCGGUCAAGUCCAAGCGGUCCCUGAUGAAGUUCCUCAAGUUCGUCAUUGACUACGACUCCGAGGAGCAGAGGCCCGUCUGGCAGGGCCAAGAACAGAAGCUGCUGUCGGAAUUCUUGGCCAGCGAGUUCAAGUUGAGCGAGGAUCUGCAGAAGUACAUCCUUGCCUUGACGCUGACUCUGGACGACCGCAUCACAGUGGCAGAUGGCCUCGCUUCGAUCCAUCGACACCUCACUUCCAUGGGCCUUUUCGGGCCCGGCUUCUGUGCCGUAUAUCCCAAAUGGGGUGGCUCUUCGGAGAUUGCGCAGGUGGCGUGUCGUGCCGGAGCGGUAGGAGGCGGCAUAUACAUGCUCGACACCAAAGCAAAAGUCGGCGAUGGCUCAGAUGGCCGCGAGAUUUCGCUCGAGCUAUCAAAUGGAAUAUCGGUCCGUACAACGAAGCUGGUCGCGUCACAACAGGAUGCUCUUCCCGGCGCGCAGACUAUCACGCGACUUAUCGCUGUAGUCAACACGCCUCUAAAGCACUUGUUUGAGACUGUAGUAGAAGGCGCCCCAACACCAGUUGUUGCGGUCGUAGCCUUCCCGAGCCAAACAAGUGAGGACAGUCCUAUCUACGCGUUUGUGCAUUCUAGCGAGACGGGAGAAUGCCCUGCCGGUCAAAGUGUAAUAUACUUGACCACUCUCGCAACUUCUCAGUCUGCGCAGCGCCUGGAAUCUGCUCUGAACGAUCUCAUCGCCGCUGCCACGCCCUCAGAGAGUCCGGCGCCUGUAUCGCUGUACAAGCUGCAAUACGAGCAGACCCUCAGCGCGCGAGAGCCCUCGGUCACAACCAACGAGGAGACUCGCAGCUUCGCGUUCCCGUCGCCGUCUCUGAGCCUUACCUUCGAUGACGGGUGUCUGGGCCCGGUCAAAGAGGCUUGGAAACUUGUCAUGGGUGAUAAGGCCUCGGAAACCGAGUACAUGGUUUUCCAAGACCGCGAGGGCGUGGACGAUGAUGACGACGUUUACGAUUAGAUUACCUAGGUACCUAGUUUAGUCUGUUUGGAUGUGAGAACAUAGCAGGUAAUUAAUCAACCACCAGAUACCUAACACACCUAGCAAAUGAAUAUUAAAACUAAUGGGUUGUUUCCCCCUUUAUACAUUAAUUCAACGUAUCGUAUCUGCGUUAGGCAUCGUCCUUUGUGCUAGUAACAACAAAGCAGCUAGCUGCCUGUAGCUAUUCCUUAGAGGCACAUGUGCCGACAGGGUGAACAUCAUCGCAAAUUAUGGACCACAAGUUUCUAUCACCAUGACCACUUCAUACGGUAUUAUGAUUUCAGAACGAAUGCUCUGAUCGGUAUUCAUUAUCCAUCGAAUCUCGUAAACUAGCUUACAAGCCAACAUGUACUCUCUUGGAGCAAAUAUACACCACGCAAAUCCCUUCCCCUCUCUGGAUCAUCACUAGCGUAGAUGUUCGGCUCCUGGCGAUGAUGUUAAUGUUAGCAGGAUACGGAGGCGAGUAGAUGAUCGCUGUUGCAGCAUUGGGACACACUUACAACACUUAGCCUCAGCAGAGAUCUUACCAUGGCCGCCAUAGAUGCCUCAGUACCUAGACUUAAGGUAUACCAGACGUAAUAAGAAAUC